AGACACCUUUGAUGGAUAUAUCCGUUCUGUGAAUGGCAUUAGAUGGCUCUAAUUCUUCGCUACAUACGACGGGUUUGUCAACUCUAGAUGUAUCUGUGGUCACUUCCGGAGACGACACUUCACGGCCUUGUUCAACAGCUUUAGAGCCCGCAGCACUGAGCACAUUGGAACUACAAGCCCGAGGCCUGGCAGAAAAUUUAGAUCAGCUCUUAGGUUCUGUCCAUUCUGCUUUACAUCGAAUGUCUGAACUCACUGUGGAGUGCGUUUCCGUAUUCGCGAACUCCGUUGAGUUGACCUGCGAUUCUGUUGAUGCAAGCAUUAAAAAUACCUAUGCCUUGAUGGCAAAGUGUGAAGAACUGUCAAAAUCGAUGGCUCAGCUCAUACCACUGGAAAAGGAAAUAAAUGGAGCCGACAACCGUUUGCUUGCCAUGCUUAAGGAAAGACCAAAUCUGUUUCGACAUAUGUUCCAAAUAUUCGACAACCCGUCCGAAAUAAUGGCAGACCCGUGUGAUACAAAAUGUCUGUAUAAUGGCACGGCUAUUCUCUACUUAAGACCAUUAGGAUUAGCCGUUUAUAUGAAGCGCAAAAGUGCUGUUAAAAUACUGUUGAACUCAAACCUGUGCAAGCCCACGGAAUAUAGUUACGCCUCAGAUGUAUUUGUGCAGUUGCAAGGGUACAACGGAGGAGACUUGCUAGAGAUCUUACCUCCGUGUAUCGCAGUAAGAAGACAGUUUCUGGAAAUCCUACCCGUUCUGUUUCAAGUGACUUGUGAGAAAUGCUUAUCGUGCUCACCUCGCACUCCAUUUUCUAUACGUUACCUGAGCAGGCGAAUUCAGCGUACCACGGUUUAUGAAGAUAUAUUUCACUAUACCACUGAGUUGGCGCCGACAGAUCGAUACAUCAAUGUCGUCAAAACUCUGAAUGUGCUGAUCCAUCAAUGCCCUGGUUUUUACUCCCCAGGAAAAUUGGAUGAAAAUAAAAAGUCGCAUACGUACUCCCUUCUCCGUCGACUACUUCACACAGCGAUUUACGUCGACCGAGAAUGUCGGAUAGGUGGUCCUCUAAUACAAUGCAUGGAGCUCCUUUUGAGGAAUGGGCAUUUCCGACCCGGAGCAUCCACGACUGGUAGACAUUCAACAGCUCACUUGUUAUUUCUGAGUUUUAAAGAUAUCCAUACAUGCUGGAAUGAGACAAAUGAGUGGACUCGUGAUUGCUACAUCUGUGCAGCACUGUUGUUCUAUUUGUAUGCGAUUCUUCUCCAGAAAGCGAGAUCCAAUAUUUUCGGACAGGCCGGAAGUUUGCUGUUUCGAGUCCUGAAUGAAACAAAUCUACUAGAUAGUGUCACAGCAAUGUAUGUGAAGGAAUUGGCCUCUGCUCUAGAGUUCAUUAAACAACAAGACAUCGUUGGUCGAGACUAUUCACAGGACAAGGCUCUUGUCCCGGUAAGGAGCAAAUCAACUGUAGAGCGCGGCGAUGAACGGAACAUAAACGAACACCGAACUGUAGAAUCCAAGGUUGGUAUUAUGAUAUCAUUUACUCGGUCGGUUGAUGUGUUGUCGCAAAUUGUGGACGAACUGAGGGAAAGAAGUAAACUAGCACAUAUAAAACAAAUGCACAUUCCGAAUCUCACAAGUUCAACCAGAAGCGGUCUUAAUAGGUUUCCCCAAUCGAAAUACAAAUUUUAUUUUUCUCGGAUGACUAGCGUACUCCACAACGGUCAAGUUGAAAAACUAAAAUCCGGAAUCAGACAAUCGCUGCAGCCUAGCACUUUCAAGAUCCAAGAUAUGGUGAGUAGGGUGGAUGACCCUAAGCAAAAGGUUCAGUUACUGGGUAGCAUUUGGAUGAGCAGGAAAAACUUGGAACCCCACUACACGGGCAGACCAGUGUCCUCUACGGAUGUACCAAAGUCUCCUUAUAGCUUUCUAAACCAGUCGGUAGCAUCACACAAUUUGAUGACGGAUACCGAUUCUAUGAAACAGCCCCAGAUGUCGACAGAUGGUGACACAAGAGAACCAGAGUCGAUCGAUGGAGAAGUUCACCUGACUGGACAGCAAUCCAAACUGUUCCAGACUUAUCCGAACAAUAAAGAUCCUCCUGGACACACAUACACAUCAUCUUAUUCUUGUGGACCCAUUACUGAUACAGUAUCUUUGUAUAACGAUGAAAAAGUCGAAUUGGGAACAAGCGAUGUUAGACCCAUCAGCAUGAAAAUACAAAGAGCUCAAAGUCAAAAGGAUUCAGGGGACCAAGUAUCGCAUACCACCUAUGAUGGUCCACGUUACGAAACUGUCUAUAGGAAAGCUAUCAGUUCUCUAACAGUUAAGGAUCCAAGCGUGGAAAAUCUGAGUAUCCGGGACAUCGAUUACCUUAUAGAUUGCAUUACGACCAGCGCAUUGGCAAAUGACAAGGAACUAGACAGUGAAUUUCUCGAUGAACUUGUGAAGAACUACAUGGACCAAGGACUAUGUCCUCUGGAAAAAGUACAGCGACCAAACAGUGUUAUUGGAACCCAAGUGUAUUGUGACCAAAACCAAAAUGUUCAGUCAAAUAAUGAAGAGGUGUGGGUUGAUAAAGCAAUGUCAACCAUCGUCAAUUGCGACGGAGAGCACCUGGCUCAAACUGGUGAUGUGGAAAUCAAAUUGCAUCCUGAUUUGAACAGUUCUACAGUCGUUCAUCACAACAAGACAGCUGGUGGAUUACGGGCAUUUGAAUCAAUGUCACCAGUUUGCUCAAAAAAUUCCUUAGAAGGUGUAGGAAUGAAAACUUCCCACGGGUUUUUAUGGUCUUGUGUCAGGCCACUCACGCAGCUGAAUCAUGCUGUUAGUGUGUUAAAGCAGCAUAUUUCUGCA